CCUGAUUGGCAGGGCGCUAGGCAGAGAUGCAAAAUAAGGCAAUAACGUUGAGCUAGGUUUUCAAGCAAAAUUUACCAAUAUUGAUGAUUAAAUAAUGGGAAAAUAUAUUUAAUUAGGUAGUCUUUUAAAGUUUGAUAUUGCUAUCAUUCAGCUUUUUUCCAUUGUUUGUUAUAUGGCUAAAUUGAAUAUUUCUGGUUGUGAUAUGAAAGGGAAGUUAUGAGUGCAAUAGAAAUUAUUUAAAGUGUUAAUAAUUUUGGGUACUUACUUGGGUUAAUACGGCCGUAAAUAUAAUUUCCUUAAUUGCACAUUUUUUCUUAUUGCGUCUUGCUUCAUUCACAAAUUAUAUUGUUUUAUGAUAUGACUUCAACAAUCAAAUUUCUCUCUGUGUACCAACUCUAUUAGAGCCAUGUGUAUGAUCACAAAGAUGCUGAAUGUGACUUACCGGUAAUUAAGUUCAAAUAUAUCAAAAUCUCAUUUAACAAAAACUUUUCUGAAGCGAAAAAUCGCUUUUCUCUUCAACUACUUGACCAAUUGCUUUGAAAUUUUCAGUGGUUAAUGAUUGUUGUUGUAGCUAGAAGGCUAUUACUUUAAUUCAUUCUGAAAGUUUCUGUGGGCUGUUUGGAUUCGUUUUUUCCGGGGUUGAUGACAUCAUCAAAAUUAAAAACUUGCGCACGUUGCCGCAUUUACUAUCGCUGCGAUAUGGUAGUCAGUUGCAGUGGGUGAGACCACAAUAUCGUAUCGGUACUGUGAAAGAUUAGAUAGUCAUACUACUUCGCUUUGGCCUUUGUGUCCAUAUAUUUGAGCAUUGCCUUUUGUGAAAUUGAUUUUUUUUUAAUAAUAUGACAAGUGCUACAUAUUUCCUUUGAAAAUCAAUAUUCCUGAUUCCAUUGCAUUUAUUCCAUAAUAAAGUCCAUUUAUCAUUCAAUCCUGUUUGUUGUUAUAUAAUCUUAUUUAAGCUUCUUAUCAUAGAUUAUGAAUAUUUUAACAAAGAUAAGACUCCUAAAUGAUUUGAAUGAUCGUGAACUAAGACUUGGUAUAACCGGGACGAAAGCAUCAUGGCAUGAACAAUACAAAGACAGCGCUUGGAUCUAUACGGGUGGAUUACCAUUUGAACUAUCUGAAGGUGAUGUUAUAUGUGUAUUUUCACAGUAUGGUGAAAUUGUAAAUAUUAAUAUGAUACGAGAUAAAAAGACUGGAAAAUCAAAAGGAUUUGCUUUCUUAUGUUACCAGGAUCAAAGAAGUACUAUCUUAGCUGUCGACAAUUUGAAUGGUGCAAAAAUUAAGGGAAGACAAAUUAAAGUGGAUCAUGUACUCAAUUAUAAACCCCCGAAAGAUGACGAUGACGUGGAUGAAUUGACUCGUCAAAUGAGAGAGGAGGGUGUUGCUCCAAAGGUACAUUAUCCUGAUAUACCAUCACCGCAAGAGAGAAAGAAACCCCCACAAUAUGAAGAGAAGCCCAGAGCAGAAGUAAAGAAAAUGCCUCUAAUUCCCAUAAAAAGAGAGAAAUUAGACAUUUCUGAUGAUGAUGAUAAACAACAUCAACACAAAACUAAGAAAAGAAAAAAGAUGCAAAAGCAAAGGAAUAUAAACAUAAAGAAUUGAAAUUUUUAAAGAAAAAACCAAAACAUAAAAAAUCAAGCAAGUCUGACUCACCAUGAUAAAAAUUGAACGAAAAUUCAUUCAAAGGUAUUUUUGCAUUGGAGGAGCCUGAGCCAGGCAAUAGUUUAAGUCCGUAAUGAAGACUGGAUAAAGACUUAUUCAACCAUGUUUUAGUGACAUUUAAUUAACAUACUAGCGUUUUAUCCAUUCAUGAGAGUACAUAUGUUAAUAACACUACCAUGAUAUGAUAAAAUUUUUGUGGUAUAUGAAUAUCUCACGCUCGUAAUUUGGUAAUGAAUUAAUAUAGAAAGAUUAAUAUAUUAUCAUUUGGAGACUUUUACUAUUUGACAUAAACGAGAUAUGUAGAUUGCAUUGUACUAUUGUUGGGACAAAAAAAGAUGGUUAUGGUUUUGAGAGGGCAUUACUUUCAUUUGUUUGCAAAUUUUCUCUGGCCACUGUUCAGUAUCUUUGGCCCAUGUGUGUUUUUCAAAAAGUGAUCUUACUGAGUGUGGCUCAAAAGGUAUAUUACCAUAUCAGUACCACCUUUGUGUCUAUAUAUAUUUGAGCAUUCGUCUCAUGGACAAAAUAAUAAUAUGUGCACAACGCCACCCUGCAAUCAGAGUUGUGACUCAUUUAAUGGGUCACAACUCUGUAAUUGGCUAAAAUAAAUCGAAGUGACUGGCAUAUGUCAUCAACCAAUUCUUGAUUUCAAGUAUAAUUUGGAAUAGUUUUACUUGAAAAAUUAUAAUUGAGGUCUCGGAAAGAAUAAAAAAGGAAAAACCACCCAAAAUCCUGUUUAUCUUCAAAUACAAACACAGACCAACCUUUAUGUGUUGACGCAAUUCAGAACAUAUUUGAUAACAUGUAUUCUGAAUAGUACAAUAUUUGUUUUUGGCGAUCUGGCUAGAGUAAUGAUAAUUGUACUAAUGGUGUAUAAUAAUAAAAAUAUACUAUGAAUUGAUUUUAUGAUAAUAUAUUCAUUAUGUAUUUACCGUAGUUCUGAAGCCUUGCUGGGAAUUCAUCUCAGCAUGGAGACCACAAUUUUCAUAGAAUUUGAAUAUUAACAUAGGGAACAACAAAAACAUGUUUACGCAUUUCUCAAUUCGAUUCAGAUUUACAUCUUCCCACUUACCGGUAUAUAAAUCUUGGCUUUAGGAUUGACAGUUCUGUUCUCAUGUCACCUAUUUGAUUAAAUUAUUUCUACAGUAUUUAAUUACUGUCAUGGUUUCCAAUUAUUAAUUAAUACUAAACCAUGCUUGAUCAAAGAGUAAUGAUGGGCAUUAUGGCUGGAUUUGCAUGUUUCUCAACUUAUAUUGCAUUACGUCCUCUCAUUACUGAGGGAAAAGUUUUAAAAAAGAUCCAGAAGUUGGAAGAAGCCGGUCAACUUGAUGAAGCUAGAAAGCUCGCAGCAUCAACUAACUUUAAAGCAUACAGGGUUGUUAUCAAGGACGAAGAAGGCAAAGAAUCGUGUAGUGAAUGAUAUUUUUGAUAAAGGCACUAGUUAUUUGAGAAAGUUGUCGUUCGUUUCUCUUACAAAAGAUUUAAAAGUUGGACAGUGCGUAUUGAUAUCAAGAAAAUGUAUCUACAGUGGAUAUGUGUGUAUAAUUGCCAUGUGUUAAAAUGCGGCUUCUAUCUGGCACUAUCAUCAAAUCGGAUACAUCUGAAGUCAAAAACAUGUUACCGGCACAAACCACACAAUGCAGGAAUGCUUGCCCAGACGUCGCUAUUCAAACCACAAAACGUGAGAUCAUGGCAUCGUUCCGCUGUUCAUUCAACGAUAUCUAGACAUAUUCCGGUAUAGAUUUAUAUUUUAUUUUGUGAAUAAAUGUUAUUUUUACUCC